CUAUAUAUGUAAAAAAUAAUCCCAUUUUUGUAUUCCACCCCCUGAGUAAAGUAACUCUUGUUGAUAAUUAACUUAAUUAACUUUUCUGGAAAGCUAUUUGGGAGAACAAGCAAUGGACUUUAGACUCAGACUAUCUAAAACUAAAGGUUUUCUGCGAAGUUGGUGUAUAUUCUGUGUGGAGAAUUUCAUGGUGAUGGGAUAAAGGAAACCGCAGAUCAAAAGAAAUCUCCUGCACUGCCACUUCUGUUGGGUAACUUCUAUGAAUCAGCUGGAUUUUUGGUGAAAUACUACAAUACAGUACUUCAGGAUUCUGCCUCAUGGCCAGAGUAUUACAAAUUCUGAGACUGAAACAUUCUCUGUUUUACCAAACGCACAGGACUACAAUGGGUAGUGUGCCUCUGCAGGAGGAUACCCGAAAGAUAUUUUGGGCUGCUGUGUCUGCUGUGUUGCCACCUCACAUGUUACAGAGGUCACUGAAAGUGACAGAUUGUGGAGACUCCUCUGUCCUUGAGUGUGGAGGGAUAGAGUUCUCUCUGAACAGGAAUCUGUACCUGGUGGGAUUCGGGAAGGCUGUGCUAGGUAUGGCAGCCUCCGUAGAGCAGAUUCUGGGAAAGCAUCUUCUAGAGGGAGUGAUCAGCAUCCCACGUGGAAUGGAAGAAAGCCUGAAACAAGCUGGGAGAAGAGAGAUGCUGCUAUCUUCUGGGUCUUCAAUUCGAGUUAUGGAAGGUGCAGAACACAACAUGGCAGACGAGGCAGCACUGGAAGCUGCUGGUGAAAUACAGAGCCUUGCAAAGAAACUGACGGAACGAGACAUCUUGCUUGUGCUUAUUUCAGGUGGUGGCUCUGCUCUUUUGCCAGCUCCCUUUCCUCCGCUUACACUUCAGGACAAGCAAACUAUAACCAAGCAGCUGGCAAUGAAAGGAGCGACCAUACAGGAACUUAACACUUUACGAAGAACUUUGUCUAAGCUCAAAGGAGGUGGCCUGGCCAUGGCAGCGUUCCCUGCACAGGUAGUCAGCCUCAUUCUGUCUGAUGUCAUUGGUGAUGACCUUGAUGUCAUUGCAAGUGGACCUACGGUUUACAGCUCUUACAGUGCAAAGGAAUGUCUGCAGAUAUUGGACAAAUACCACUUGAGAGGCACAGCACCUGGGGCUGUAGAACAAGUUAUUCUCUCCAGAUCUCCGACUCUAUUGAAUGACAAUUUCAGCCAUGUCCACAACAUCCUGAUUGGCUCCAACCUCAUAGCCAUAGGUGAGGCACAGAAGGAAUCUAUAAAACUGGGUUAUCAUCCUGUACUCCUGUCCACAUCCAUUAGCGGUGAUGUCAAACAAGUCUCUCGCUUUUAUGGUCUCCUUGCCCGAGUGAUCUGCUCUAUUAUGACAAAUAGUCCAGAGCAACAGCAGCUGCAACAAGAAAUCCUAAGUCUAGUUGACAAGAUGACCAUUCCAAACCUCAAACUUGCUUAUUGGUUGCAGGAACUACAAACAUAUGGGGAUUUGGGAGCGGUUUGUGUUCUUUGUGGAGGAGAGAUAACUGUGUUGGUACAUGGGGAGGGAAAGGGUGGGAGGAACCAAGAACUAGCACUGAGGGUGGCUCAGGAAUGGCAUGAUACUCAGGAAGGCAUGAAGGAUUGUGAGGUUCUGUUCUUGAGUGGGGGUACCGAUGGGCAGGAUGGUCCUACAGAAGCAGCAGGUGCUUUCUCCUAUCCUGGGCUACUGAUGGAUGCUCAAGAAAAAGGAUUAAAUGUAGAACACUCUCUGAAUCACAGUGACUCUAAUGGUUUCUUCACCAGAUUCCAUGAUGGCAGAUACCUUCUGGUAACUGGACUUACAGGCACCAAUGUAAUGGAUGUGCAGGUGCUACUGAUACAGAAAAAAAGGAGACAAUGAAAAUGAACUGCUAUUUCCCCACACACAAUGGAGAGACAAAAAAAUCACUAUGCAGGGGCGGAGCCUAGCAUCCAGGCUGAGCAAACGUGCAGAAACCAAGCUCCUGACCAAAACUGCUAUUUUGGGGGAAAACCCCCCAGAAAUCAGGCACGUCCUCUAUCUGGAGGAUAAUAAGCGAGGAGGGGACACCCGGGGGAACCCUUUGACACCCGAAUCCUGACACAAACACAAACCGCGAACUCUAAAAACCUGUUGAGGCCUACCAGGGAUCGAAACGGGGAGAGGCGGCCGCUCUCCUCGCUAGAGAACAGGCACACA